GCGUAGUUGCUCGUCGUCGUCGUCGUCGUCGUCGUCGUCGUCGUCGUCGUCGACAAGCAUCUUCGUCUUCUUCGCGAGUAAUCUAUACUUGCUACUAUCAUCGUGUAAUCGUUGUCGACGUCUACGUGAGACGACGAAAAAGGAGAGAAGUGCGUGUGCUUUCGUGUUUCCUAGUGAUCGAGGACAUCAAGUUUUAAUGGAACGAUCGCAUAACUCUCCUCCUCGUUGUUACCUCGUCGACCUGCUUGAGAAAGCGCGACUUUCUCUCUUCUGUUUUUCUUCUUCCUUUUCGUCUUCCUCUCUUUUUUUUUCUUUAAGAAGUGCUUUAACGCUGCUCGAAGGACCUUAGGUGUGGGCCUUUCGACGAAGUACUCCGGCGUAUUCUUUAUUUUCUUUGCAAGUUCUUCGUACACUACGGUCCACUUUUGACGCGUUCCCGCUUGGCACUUGGUUAUUAAACAUUCCAAGUAAGGUCAAUGUGUAUAGUAAAGCUAUGUCAUUACCAUAAAUCAUCGUAUACAUUGGAAUUUCUUUCAUUUAAAAAGGAAAGACAUUUGGAAAUCUUCGAGGAUAAAUAUAAUAUGCAUUGAUGCAUGAACGCGAGACGAAAUAUUUCUUAAUCGAAGUAUCUAUAUAUACGAUAAUUCUAACGUCAGUUAGAACGGACAAAUCUGAAUAACGUUAGCGAGUCCGAAUAACUCGAAUUGGGAUUGGGAUCGUGAAUAAUGGGCCGGUAAUAAAAUACGGUGGAGAUCCGUGAGGACGAUCGGGAAGUUGGUGAAGGAAAUUUGUCACUUCCGGAGUUGGACGAAGGAGUGGAAAGUGGUGUCGACAGAAAAGAAGAUUCAAAGGGAGGUUCGGACGAACGGAAAAAAGAAGAAGAAGAAGAAGAAGAAGAAGAGGAAAAAGACGACGAGCAAAAAGUGUCACCACGCGUCACGCAGGGGUCGUGGGUCUAUGGGGGGCACCGCCCCAGCGGCCCCCCGGCUCGAAUCCAAACAGAAACUGUUAUUCCGAAAUUCGUGCUAUUCUGGCACGGGCCAGAACCACCGCCCCGAUUUCGGUGCAACCGUCCAAACGGAUGAAGAGGAGUCCAUCCAAUAUCAUGAGGCAGUCCAGCCUCACGAAACUUGGUUCUAUGAUCAACACCGCCGUCAACAAAAGAGCUGGCAAUGGUGACAUUCAGUGGUGUUUCUCGCAAGUGAAAGGGACUUUGGAAGACGACGUUACCGAAGCUGAUAUAAUAUCGUGUGUUGAAUUUAAUCACGAUGGUGACCUUCUUGCAACUGGGGAUAAGGGUGGACGUGUUGUUAUUUUUCAAAGGGAUCCUAUUAGUAAAAACAGUAUACCACGGAGAGGUGAAUAUAAUGUAUACAGCACUUUCCAAAGCCACGAGCCUGAAUUUGAUUACCUGAAAUCGUUAGAAAUAGAAGAAAAAAUUAAUAAAAUUAGGUGGUUAAAAAGAAAAAAUCCGGCACACUUUUUACUUUCCACGAAUGAUAAGACAAUAAAAUUGUGGAAAGUUAGUGAAAGGGACAAGAGAGUGGAAGGAUAUAAUACAAAAGAAGAGAAUGGUGCGAUCCGGGACCCUGCCUGUAUAACUGCCUUGAGGGUGCCAACCAUAAAACCAAUGGAGUUAAUGGUGGAGGCAUCACCAAGGAGAAUAUUUGCCAAUGCGCACACUUACCAUAUAAACAGUAUAAGUGUAAACAGUGAUCAAGAAACAUACCUCAGUGCAGAUGAUCUUAGAAUUAAUUUGUGGCAUCUUGAAAUUACUGAUCAGAGUUUUAAUAUAGUAGACAUAAAACCUACUAACAUGGAAGAAUUGACAGAAGUCAUAACAGCUGCAGAAUUUCAUCCUGUAGAGUGUAAUGUCUUGGUUUAUAGUAGUAGCAAAGGGACCAUCAGACUUUGCGAUAUGAGAUCUGCUGCUCUUUGUGAUCAUCAUAGUAAACUUUUUGAAGAACCAGAAGAUCCGACCAAUAAGAGUUUUUUCUCAGAGAUAAUCUCAAGUAUAAGUGAUGUUAAGCUCAGUAACUCCGGUAGAUACAUGAUUAGUAGGGACUACCUCAGUGUUAAAGUGUGGGAUCUACAAAUGGAAACAAAACCCAUUGAAUGCUAUCCUGUACAUGAAUACUUAAGAUCAAAAUUAUGUUCACUUUAUGAAAAUGAUUGCAUCUUCGACAAAUUUGAGUGCUGUUGGAGUGGUAAUGAUUGUGCCAUUAUGACAGGCUCGUAUAAUAAUUUCUUUAGAGUAUUCGAUCGUAAUACCAAACGUGAUUUAACUUUGGAAGCAGCACGUGACAUUGCCAAACCAAAAACUCUUCUGAAGCCUCGUAAGGUGUGCACUGGUGGAAAACGUAAGAAGGAUGAGAUUAGUGUCGAUUGUUUGGAUUUCAACAAAAAAAUAUUACAUACUGCGUGGCAUCCAUCUGAAAAUGUUGUAGCAGUUGCAGCUACAAAUAAUCUUUUCUUAUUCCAAGACAAACUCUAGCACAUCUGCAUGCAAAUAAUACAACGGUAUAUAUUGACGUGAGCGAGGCACGUUAAACUAAAUAGGCACGGUGAAACAAUAGGUGUCUGAAUUACACUGACGAAAGUCGACUAUUUGCAUGUCAAUAGUCGACUGACCGAAAAGUGGUGUACAUAGCGCCGUCCACACAGCUCACACGUUCAUAUAAGUUAUAUAUACACCUACAUGCAGAGAUUUGCACCUGAUACCUUGCCACGCGCAUACAUGUACAUAAAUGCAUGUAAGUUAAGACACAUGCAUAAAAGCUCCCAAAACUCUUAAGUUGACUAGUUCAAAUAAGUUUGCACAUGGAGUCACUCUCAAUUGAUAAAGUGAAUCGUCCAAUCAAUUAUUUGAUAAUUGUGAUGACGGUUACUACGAAGUUUUCUUACACCAAACGUGCAGCUGAAUUUCUAGCUUACUUGUGCUAUUACAGUAAUUGCGCUACUACACUAUGCAGAGACGGUCAGUGAAAAUAUCUAAUUCGCUCAUACAUUAUAUAAAAAGUGUUUUAACGUAACAUCUUACGAUCAGUUAUAAAAACAAUAUUAUCAGUGAAAGACAGUGGAUAUAUAACCGAUGUUUCGGUAGAAACUGAUUAUAUAGCACAGGCAAUUGUUGGCUUUAUUUAUCCACUUGAUUAUCGAAUUGGGUUUUAAAAAAAGAAAAAACAAAAUGAAUCACUAUAACGUGUGCCAAUGAGAUUUAAUCGUUUACUUUCAUAUUCAUGAAUAUUUUAUGAAGAUCAUUAUAUAAUUAAUAAUAGUAAUAAUUAUAAAACAUGAUAGCUCAGUAUAUAAGAUCAUGUUUCUUUACUUUUCUUUCUCUCUUUUCUUUUUUUUUUUUUUUCCUUCUUUUCAUGGAGAAAUUUGCUACUAAAUCUUCGUACUAAACUGUUUUGAAUAUUUAUUAGUAAACUCUGCUUAGUGUGCAUCUAGCUGAAUGAAUAACAUCAGUUACCAAUACCGGAACAAAAAAUCUUAUAUAUAGGCCUACACACACAUUUUCCUGUUUUUAUUUUCAUAAUAAAGCUAUUGUUACGUGUAUUUCCUAUAUUGCGUUAGCUAAUACGGAUUAAGGAAUAUAUGGCACAAAUUUCUGCUUCAAAGGAUUCGGAUAAAAAAUAAAGUUUUAAAACGUAAAAAAUGUUAUAAAUGAUAAGAAAAGUAAGAAGCAAUGUUAUGGUACAGCAAUAACAAAAAAACAUUCAUUUAUAUAAAAUUAUUUGUGUAAAAGAUAAAAUAGGAACUGAGGCAUAAUUACGAAAAGAAUGUGGAUUUUCUAAUAUUACUCUUAUUAAUUAUUUAUUGAAACGCGUACGCAUAUAAACAGUGAAUACAGUGCAGUUGUCGAUGGUAAGCUGGGCUUGCAGACUCUACAUGAAGUAUGUAAUAAUAACUUAAUUAAUAACUUACACGAGUAACGUAAAUUUCGAAUAAGUACCAAGGGUUCAACUCAGUUUGAGUAUGGCUAAAGAGCCAAGCUCUCCGUAUCUAUGUUGUAUUUAGUAUUUAUACUAUCCUUUAAAUAUUGUGUAGUAGAACUAUGAAACCUAAAAGAGACAGAAUAUAAUAAGUUUUAUCUUAGGCAGAUUCAAUUAAUGAUUGCACUACUUUUGAAAUACAAAGCAGGCUUCUUUUAAACAACACCUUCAUAUAUAUUUUUUUACAUAGUUAGUAUAUCUCAGUAUAUACUUAUGCAGUCUGGAUUUUGCUAUGCAUAUACAUUGGGGUGCUCCAAAUGUUCUUAAGGCUGUCAAUUUUAUUUAGUUUUAUCUUCAUUUAUAGCAUCUUUCAUGAAAGAUAACUUAAAAAACCACAUCAUUUUGUUCAAUUUUCCUUACAUUUAUAAUAAUCUUCUCAUAUUUCAAAUCUAUUUUGUGUUGGAAAUGUUUAUUACUUUACCGUUAAUUUUCUUAUCCGCUUUUGCUUAAGUGAUGGUUCAUAAGUGCCUUGAAGCGCAUUAAGAGUGCUCGAUUAUUAAAACAGGAAUUCUAAAGUACUAAAUUCUUACAGGUGUUUUUAAUACGGAUUAUAAUAUAAACAAUUUCAUAACACAUGCUACUUCAGGAUGCAAAGAUUUUGGUAAUGGGACAGAGAGAAUAAAAAGCACUCAAAAAUGUAUAAAGCACCAGACUAAUGUAUAUUCACGAUUAAUGAUUUUCCAUAUCAAAAAAAAAAAAAAAAAAGAGAAAAAAAAAGAAAAAAGAAAAAAAGAAAAAACCCAUUAGAAACUACCCUUUCUUAGGAAAUUAUUUCCUUCGAUAGAGAAUAAAUAUUCUUUAACGUUACAUGUGAAAAAACAAAAGGAAGCAACAUGGGAGAAAGAGAGAAAAAGAGAGAACUGUUACAUAUUCUGUUAAUUAUAAAUAACGAUAAUAGAUUGACAUUACUUAAUUUAAACUUACACACACUAAAAGUCUUUUAACUUGCAUACUUUUUCAAAAUUGAUGGUCUGGAAUGAUGCAAUUAAGUUUAUUUAUUAAUUAGAAUAAACAUUUUGCUUUCAACUCAUGGAAUAACUAACGCAUUAUUAUGCUUCCUGUAAUGCAGUUUAAAAUUAAGAGGCUGCAAACCUUUCUCCAUAGUCUCUAUUAAAAAAUUUGGAAACUAAGCUUUAUAGGAGAAGGACAAAAAAUAUUUCUAUAACAAAAGAUCUCUCUCUUUCAAAAACUGAGAAUUAGUAUAAAGAAAAUGAUACACAAAUAUAUCACUUUGCAACUUGAUAUAUAUCAGCAUAAUAAAAUAGUUUAAAAAAAAAAAAGAAAAAAAAAAGCUUGAGCAGUUUUAAUAAUAUUGACUGCACUGCAUGGAUCAUGAUAAUUGCAAUAUCGUAUAAAAGAUAUGUAUAGAAUCUUUGCGAACUUUGAGACUUUGCUCAACGUAUAGAAAAUUUGUAUUAUUUAUAAAUCGUCAGUUUAUAUAUCGAAAAUCUAUGAAACCUAUGUUUGUGUAACGUGUAAUUGCAAAAUUAUCUUAUGUAAAAGCAGACCUAUUACGUUUAGGAAAGUCGUUCCUCGAUGUUAGAUAUCCAUGAAGAGAAACGAAAAGAUCAAAAAACGAGGAUGUAUAAGAAAGAAAGAAAGAAUGAAUGAAAAAAGAAAACAAAAAAUAAGAAGGUAAAGGUAUAGUGAAAGAUCAAUGAUCGUACCUUUAUACCUUCUCUAAGGUAUAUUAUAUAAGUACGUAUAUAUUAAGAAAAUUCAUAUUUCGUCUUAUGUUACAGUCAUCAAAAUCGUAACAUUACUUUUUAGUACGUAACAUCAUCAUCAUCAUCAUCAUCAUCAUCAUCAUCAUCGUCAUCUCCACCUCACCCCACUAUCCAUAGUAACGUUACUAUUAUUAUCUUUUCGUUAUUUGUUUCCGUCAUUGUUUUUUGUUAACUGCUAUGCAGGUUUAGUCAUGGUAAUAACGAUGAUCUGAUAUCUUGGUUCAUUAGAUUAUAAAUGAUUAAAUGAUUUAACCAUGCGAUUGGUUGUUAGGAUUAAAAGAAAAUGAAUCGAAUAAUGCGAUGAUGAGAGAAAGAGAGAGGGAGGGAGAAGAUGAAAGAUAAAUUAUGCGAAAGAUUAAUUCUAGGACGUGCACACUCCAUGAAAAUACAAUGAAAAAGCACCCGAAAAAGGAAUCGUUAAUAGACGGCGAUAAAUUCAAAUUUUUUCGUCUUUACUAAAAUCGUUCGUUUAAUGAUGCUACAAGUGGUGGAGUUAAUUAUAGAGUUUAAUAAGGGAAACAAAAGAAGAAAAAAAAGUUUGUAUUAAAAACAAUACGAUUGUCUAUAUCUUCUCGGAAAUUAUCAACCCCCAUUCUGACCUCCACUCUCACUCCUAUUCACAUUAGGAGAAGACACGCCGUAACGAUUCUUACUAAUUCUGUUUGAUUGCUCGAAAUGCCUUACGACUGUCGCUAUAUCCGUACACAUCCGGACUAUAAAUCUAAUUCAAAUGAAGAUAAAGAAAAGAAAAAAGAAAAAAAGAAAAAAAGAAACACUGAAUAUUAAACGAGGUUGGAACUUUGGCUCUCGCAGGACCUGUCUCGUGUGAUAAUAAUAAAUGUCAUUGUAUCAAUUAGCUAAAGCUCUAUUUUUAUUAACGAGACCACGUACGUAUAAUCCAGAAGUUAGGAUUUUUAUAGCUCGCAACUUAAGUGUAGUGUCUUUACUCUUGUAUUUGCGCGCGCGCUGAACGACACGAUAUAAAAGAAAAUAUACAGACACGUAUACACAAAAUAUCCAUUUUUGCGUGCGUAUUAUAAAUUAUUAUUCUGUUAAAACGAUUCGAUAAUUUUAUCAUCGCAUCAAGAGAUCGUUGCGAUAUUAUGAUAUACUUGAGGCAAAAAAGAAAAGAAAGAAAAACGAACGAUAGAACACAGUGACUGUGCGUACGGCGAACGAUACAUAAAAAGACACUUACAUACAUACAUCCUUCGCAUUUGCACCGAACGAUUUAAGCUAAGCUACCAUAUACGUAGAACGAGAAAGGAACAAUAUAGAAUUUUUGUACAAAGUUUUGCGCUAUUAUUGCGUUCUCUCUGUGCUUUCUGCGCUCUUGAUUAUUUCGCGUAUAAUUUUCGUUUGUAAGAUUGCUGAUGGAAGGAUAUAACGAUUGUAAUUUUUUUUUCUUUUUUUUUUUUUUUAGUCCCGUUCGUUUAAGUAUCAUAUUUUAUUUUAAUUUUUUAAUUUUUUUCCGAAUUCCUAAUCGUAUGAUGUACCAUGAACGAUGCGAAAGAGAGAGAGAGAGAGAGAGAGAAAUUAGAGCGAAAGAAAAGAGAGAGAAGGAAGAACUACUUUAGUUUAACUUAGCAGCGAAUUGUGCCUCGAGUGACUUAUUAGUUGACUUUUCUGCGAUCGCGAAUAUGUUUCUGAGCAUCCCGAUCUCUUGUAACAUUCCUCGGUUCUCUAGAUAACGUAUAUUAAAUGCAGACAGGAAGACUUUACAAGACUGUUGAGAGAGACCGAUGAACCGGAGUUAUUAGACAGGUUAGGUUGUCAGGUAGAACGAGACGCUAAACAAGAGAAUCGCAAUUAUAUGCUCUCGUAAAGCAUUAUGAGUAAACGAACUAUUACUCUCUGCUGAUAAUAUAAAUAAAUGAAUGAAUAAAGAAAUAAAGAAAAAAAAAAAAAGAACAAAAAAGACACUUGUAUUAUAAACAUAGCAAAUAAUGUUAUUAAUAGAAUAUACAAGGAGGCGUGUUACAUCUUGAUCGAUAUUUCAUUGUUUAGUAGAUGCAAUGAUGGAAUGAUUAUACUGUAUGCUGAACGAUGAAAAAAUGAACGCAAUAGAUAGAAAGAUUUCAAUGAGUGGUGGUAUGAACUAUUAACUGUAUAUGAUGAACGUUUGCGUAAUCGCAUGUCUGUGAAAAAUAACGAAAGAGCGUUUUGAAAUCGA